AUCAUUUCCCGAAUGAAUGCGCAAAAUACGUACAAAUCUUGUACAGGUACGUCAGGAAGUAAUGUCGAUUCAUUUUGUCAAGUGUGUAAAUACUGACUUGUACAUAAACGGAUUACCAACAUAGCAUGUCACACAUCAUAGACGGCUUUAUAAUUCGACUUACAAAUAACCCCGAGGAGAAUUAACUUCCUGCCUGCCUUUGCCCUCUGGCCAGUCGCCUUCAUAGUCUUCUUGCGCAUCAGCAUUGUGUAAGUCACAACCUAUUGAUGCUGCGCAGUCGUGUGUGGAAUAUGGCGUAUUGUUAAUGUCACAGUAUUUUGCACUGUAAUUUAAGAAACAACGUAUAGUACAUACAUUUAUUCGCACUGUUUGCAUUUGAAGACAGCAGAACGCUGUGUAAAGUAUAUCCAAGCCCGGGCACAGCCCGAAGUGUCUGGGGUUUACCGACCACAGGGCAGUCUUGUAACAUGGUGGCCGAACAUGCACCCAGUACUGUCACGGAAGAGAAGGACAGCAAUAUUUUGUGUUGCUCUAACAACACCGAUUUUGACAGGGGACAUUCAUGCAAAUCAAUUUUUGAUGUCGUCAGAACUGGUGAAGUUUGUGCUAUAGAAGCUUUGGUUGAGAAGUUGGGACCAGAAGCUUUGAGUUCACGAGAUGAGUGGGGGUACACACCAGCACAUUGGGCUGCAUUAGAUGGAAAUGUUGAGGUUAUGCGUUAUUUGGUGGAGCGAUCUGCUCCUGUAGACCUGUCCUGUCUUGGCACGCAGGGUCCUCGUCCAAUUCACUGGGCUUGUCGCAAGGGACACGCAGCAGUUGUACAAGUUUUGCUAUCGGCUGGAGUAGCUGUGAAUGCUCCAGAUUUUAAAGGCCUGACACCUUUGAUGACUGCUUGCAUGUUUGGCCGAAUUGCAACUGCUGCUUUUCUCUUGGGAAUGGGUGCUCUGAAUCAUCUCGCUGACAUUAAUGGUGAUACAGCACUUCAUUGGGCAGCUUACAAAGGUCAUGCCGAAUUAAUUCGUUUGUUAUUGUAUUCAGGAGUUGAUUUACAGAAACCUGACAAUUUUGGAUCAACACCCUUACAUUUAGCCUGUUUGUCAGGGAAUGUCAACUGCGUAAAGAUAUUGUGUGAAAAGAGUAAAAUUGAACUGCAGCCGAAAGACAAAAAUGGGAAGACACCUUUAUUACUUGCCAAAAGUCAUCGCCACAGUGACAUAGUGCAAGUCUUGGUUACUGAAGAAAAAAGAAGGGCUCGUUGGAUGCCGCCUCUUUCUAAAAUAUGGGCCCUUUUAUUUGGAGGAGCUGGUGAUUCAAAGGGCCCUCUUCUUCUCUUCAUGGGUUCUGUGCUUUUGUGGGGUUACCCCAUGUAUCUACUGAGGUGUGUUCCCAUCACGUGGAACAUUCUUCGAGUCUCACACUACUGCUUCAUCUAUUGGAAUCUGCUGAUGUGGUUCAGUUGGAUUGUGGCCAAUCGUAGGGAUCCAGGUUAUGUGACUGUUAACUCAGACGGUUACUAUCGAGCCAUUAAACAAAUACCAUAUUUUGACAAAUGGAAGAAACGUAACAUCGUGCUCUCGCGUCUGUGCCACACGUGUCACUGUUUGCGUCCACUGCGGGCCAAACACUGUCGAAUCUGUAAUAGAUGUGUUGAAUACUUUGACCAUCACUGCCCCUUUAUUUACAACUGUGUUGGACUUCGGAACAGGAUCUGGUUCUUCCUGUUUGUGAUGAGCAUUGCCAUAAAUUGUUCUUUCACCAUAUAUUUUGCCUGCUACUGCAUUGCUAUUGAAGGAUUUGAGAUUAUGUAUGUUUUGGGUCUGAUUGAGGCUUUGGUUUUCUGUGGCCUGGGAUGGAUCCUUACGUGCACCUCAAUACUUCAUGCCUGCAUGAAUCUGACUACAAAUGAGAUGUUCAACUACAAACAUUAUUCCUACCUGCGAGACAAGCGUGGCCGCUAUGAAAAUCCAUUCUCUCGAGGACCCAUUUUGAAUUUGGUUGAGUUCUUUGUAUGCCAUCCUGAUUACAAUAAAGACCAUGACUUCCUGGAAGAAGAACCAAUAUGAAGAAUCAUUUUUAAAGUUGCUUUCACUGAUUGCAGUCAGAGAGGUGUUCUUCACACAUUAGCGUAAGCGAAGAAAAUCUCCCAUGUCUGUCUGCUUGCCUGCCUGCCAUAUCUUUCAUCAUGUUGCAACAGUGAUCUUGGAUCUAAUUAUUGCAAAAGUGGCCUCAUAUAUUGUUGCCUUUGAUAACAUUGUUGAAUUUCAUAUUCCGUGUCACACUGCUGAUGUCAUUGCCGGUGAUGGCAUAAAGAACACAUUUGGAAUUCCAAAGUGCACAUUUCAUGAUCUUGUUAUUAUAUAUAACCCCCACCCCCACCCCCAGUACGUUCAUAUCUUUAUUCCCUAAAAUGUGUUUGACGCUCUGGAGUUCUGCAAUUUAUUUUCUGUAAUGCCAACCUAGAAAAUCAUCUUCUAAACUAAUUUCAUCCCAUAUUAAAUCUUUUAGUUUCAUUUUCUGGUCCAUGAAAAUGUGGUAGAGUAACUUUAAAAAUGCAUUCUGAUUAUGAAUGAUAUAUUUUAGAAGAUUUAUCUUUCAUUAUUUAGCACUUAAGUGAUUACCGUACAGUACAUUCAGAUUGUAGUCAUAAUGCACAGAUUGAAUUAAGACUUCAUAAUUGAUGCUAUUUUACAGAUGAACUACAUCUGUUGAUUUAUAAUGAAACUAUUUACUUUCAUCUGGUCACAUUUCAAAGCCAUGGAAGUAUAUAAUUCAUCAGAAUGAGCAGAUAUUCUGCAUCUUCAACGUAU